CAUGGAUGCAAUGGCGGCCUCUGAUGCGCCUAUAUGAGUUACCAGUAAUGAAUCUUCUCAAUGGUUUUGCCAGGAUUGUGAUACUCAGAUGUCAAGAAGAGAAGUUUUAGCACUGUACAGGCGAAUAUUUCGAGUAGCACGGCAAUGGAGAGCCGCAAUACCUGCAGAUACUGAGGCAGAGCGACAGUACAUAAAAGAUGAAGCCAGACAAUUAUUUCGUAAGAACAAGAACAUUACUAACACAAACGAGAUAAUGCUUUGUAUCCAUGAGGCCAAUGCACGAGUUGAGAUGGGGCUUCACUAUGGAACACCUUAUCCUAGAAUGAUACACAUGCCGCCAACAGCUGUUCCAAAAACAAAUACAAAAGAGCGGAAAACCCAAGAACGAAUUAGAAAACAGGCCAAACCUGUUUACAUGCACUCAGAUGAUGAUGUUGAUAGAUAAAAUACUUUGGCAUUGGACAUUUUGGGCCAGUGAGUGACAAAGUUAACAGGAGUAAACGAGUUCACUUGUGUUGCUAACUUCAUGCUGGUGACAAUUCAAGAUGAUCUUAGAAUCUUAUUGUCCCAAUUAAAGUGGCCCUGAUUAAAACUAUGACUGUGAAAGUGACUGACAUUUCAACAACCAUAGAAAAGACUCUGAUGGCAACUUCAAAUGAAAUGGUGAUUUCCGUUGUCACCAACAACAGUUUAUUUCUCAUCCAAUCCACCAGUUUACAUUUGUGUUUACAAUUGACUGCUAAUCCUGGGUUCAAACUAUUUAUUAUGAACUGCUCCAAGAAUUAUCAGUUACACUUGGAAAAUUGACCAGUAGAGAGGAUCCCUUACUGACUCAAUGUAUGUUUGAGAAAAGAAGUACAUCCAAAAUGAAGUUCAAGUAAAGAAAUUAUUCUUGCAGGUGAGCUGCAAUUUAACCCUUCAACUCCCAGAAGUGAUAAACAUGCAACUUCUCCCAAAAUGUCCAUACAUUAUCCAACAAACAGGUAUUACGAAUACACAAAAUUAUCUGGCAGAUGUCAUCUUGAUCCAACACCAAAUUCUCAUAACUAAUAAACAAGGUAAUGUGUAGUAGCAAGAGGGGAGAAUAAACAAUCAGAUCUUGGGAGUUAAAGGGUUGAGCUAUUAUAGAAAAGAAGCCUGUAAAAAUUCAGGCUUUGACAGGAUAUGAAUCAAUGCCUCCCAGAUACCUGUUGUACACUCCAACUGACAGAGCCACCAAGCUACAUGCUGGGAGCAAGGCCAAUUUAAAAGGAUUGUUCUUUCCAUAGAGGACUUCGAUAAAAUUUUUUCUUUAAAGGAUACAUAAGAAAUAGAGUUUUUUCUUAAAACAAUUCUUAUUAUUACAAAACAAUUGAUCACUUGAUUGAAUGAAUUUUUUUAUUAAAAAGUCACUCUGUUACAAUCAUAACCAACAAUUUAAAAUCAAUUCAAAAACUAGGUAGACUGCUGUGUGAUUUAAAAAUAAAACCAUCCAUUAACUACCAGACUUAAAAUUUAUUUACUUGGCAAAAAUAAUUUUGCAUGCAGAUCUUCAAAGCCCCACUAAAGAAGGACAUCUUACAAUCCAGCAGUAUGUAUGAUGGAGUUACAUGCCACAUCCAUAAUGCAGCAUUUUCUUUCCAAUAUUCACAUACUGAAAUAAUUGUAAGUGUGCACCAAUAGACCAA